AUGUCUUCAUUCAGUGUGGUCGAGUUUGUGGAUGAAGUUGACUCUGAUGGAACGAUGUCUACCUUCUUGCAGCCAUCAGAGUGGUUCCAUGACGCAGAGAGAAAAUUAUGCUGGUGGCCUCCUGCCUCAUUGGUGAAUGUGACAAAGGCUGUAAAGGAAGGAACACCACCAACCAGCAACUGGAUACUCUGCAAUGUCCAUGUCAUGGGAAAUGCAGAUAAGUUUGACUUUAUUUCAACUUAUGCAAAUGCCAGGGCAAAGUUGCAUCAAGCAGAGUAUUCAUCAGACUUGACGGACAAUGAGAAUGGCAUAAGAAAAAGAAAGCCCAGUGUUAAACUGAUGAAGAAUCAACUGAGCAGCCACACUGAAUCAAGUGAGCCUUCUGAUUCAGAUGAAGAACUUCCACCCACGCCUCCAGAACAACUCCUUAAGCGACCCUCUGGAAAAAACAAUAGUGUAGCCGCCAGCCCCGCUGCCCGGAGUGCCGCCAGCCCCUCUGCCCGGAGUGCCGCCAGCCCCUCUGCCCGGAGUGCCGCCAGCCCCGCUGCCCGGAGUGCCGCCAGCCCCACUUGUGAACCCAUGUUCUCGAAAGUACUUGCCAUUUUAGAGGAAGUGAAGGAGACUCAACUGGUUCAUAGCAAGAUGUUAAAUGCCUUGCUGAAGCAGAAAAAUGGUUCAGUUACGGAGGUCCCUGAAGGGGUUGUUUUACCUCUUAAAACCCAAGACGAUGUUGAGGCCCUUAAUGGAAAACUGGAGGACUCCAGUCUCAUGUCUGCUGUAGUUGCCAUGGUAGCAGAUAUAGGGGGAACAAGUGUAGAUGAUGCUACAAGGAGAAUGAUGAAAUUCCUCAUAUCACCCAAGCUUGCCGUGGAGUACAACUUGCUUGGCCGACAUGGGAAGAAAAAGUUCCGAGAUUUGCGCCUCUUUAAUGUUGUGUAUGAGGCACUGAAGAAGAAUUCUUUGACAGCAAAAGUCAACCUGCAAGAAGCAGAGAAAGCUCUCUGCAAAUGGUUCACUGGAGCUAGAGACAGAGGAGGACUGAGGGCUGCAAGGGAACAAAAUAGACUAACGGCUCUGUAAAAAAAACAUAACAGACACCCCUGCUGAUUCAAGACAAGGUUCUGAGUUUCCCUUCUUAUUUUUUCCCAUGUUGCUACAGUUCCAACUCUAAGCAAUUUGAAUGUAGUUUGACAUUUC